AUGGCUACCGAAAACUUUACUCAUACGCUUCGUCCCUUCUUUGAUGGAACGGAUUAUCCAAAUUGGAAAUUUCGUAUGGAAAACUAUCUCGAUAUGGAUGGUGUGAACUUAUGGCAUAUGGUUCUUGAUGGUUAUGUGGCUCCUACUCAAGAGUUGAAUGGUGCUAUUAUACCUUGGCCAAGAAAAGAUUGGACCAAGGAUCAAGUUCUAGCUAUUGCUCUCAACCGGAAGGCUAUUUGUGUGAUCAUUUCAUCUUUGUGUAGAGAAGAGCAAGGAAGGGUUCAACAUUGCACAACGGCUCAUGAUAUGUGGAAGAUUCUUGAGAACUACCAUGAAGGAACGGUUCAAGUAAAGAACAAGAAGGUUGAGCUUCUCAUUGGAGAAUAUGAAGGGUUCAAGAACAAGCCAAAUGAGACCGUCACCGAGACUACCAAUAGACUUUUUGGCAUUACCACCAAUCUCAAGAAGCUUGGUGAGCACUAUACUCUUGGUGAAAUCAAUGGUAAAAUUCUUCGUUCAUUGCCUCUCCUUGAUUGGCAACCGAAGAUAACCGCCAUUGAGGAAUCACAUGACAUAAGGAAUUUGAGAACCGAUGAGCUUAUCGGAAACCUACUUCUCCAUGAGAUGACCUACAUGAAGGAAAUUCAAGAGUUGAAGAAGUCUCAAGAAGAGAAAACUAAGGGAAUUGCUUUGAAUGCUAAAGCAAUUGAAAGUAAGGUUGAAGAGGAGCUUAAUGCAAGUGAUGAAGAAGAUGAUGAAGAGAUGGUGCUAUUGUCUAAGAAAGUAAGGGAAUGGAGAACAAGGAAGAAUUCUCAAACCGGAAGUGAUAUUGUUGUUGUGAAAAAUACCCCUAGUGCCUCUUGUGUUGUAAAUGUUGAGAAUGUGUUGGUUGAUGAUUCUUUGGUGUAUGAGAUUGAUGAUGAAUGUCAUGACAUGAUAAAUGAACUAACUAACAAAUGUAGUGACUAUCAUGCCAAAAUAAAACUUUUCAAAAGGGAAGCCUCUAUGGCUAAACUUGAGAUGCUCAAUUUGAAGAAAGAAAUUCAAGACUUAAAGUCUUCUUUAGAAUCUAUCUCUAAGCAAGAUGUCAAUAUUUUGCUAAAGGAAAAUGAAACACUAAAGAGUGAAAUUCUUUCUCUAAAUAGCUCUAUCUCAAGAUUUCACAAAGGGAAGGAAUCUUUGGACAAUCUUCUUGAUUCCCAAAGAAACCCAACCAUAAAAUUUGGACUUGGCUAUAGUCACAACCCCUCUUCCUCAAGUGUGACUACUUUUGUGAAGGCUUCUUCACCUCAAACUUCUUCUAUAGAAGUUCCUCCUUCUUUGGUCAAACCAAAAGAGGUGAAUAAGAGGUAUGCUCAAGCUCCCAAGACUAAGUCAUUUGUGGCUUCUAAGUCUAAGAGCAAAGUGGGUACAAGACCCCCUAGACAUACCCAUGCCUCUCAAUAUAGUCACAAAUGGGAGAAGAGAAGUAUGAAAAAGAAUCAUGUUCAUUCAUAUCCCUAUGCUCAUUCUCACAACAAUGCUCAUGCAUAUACUUAUGAUCACUCUUGUGCACAUUGCUAUGCUCACUCAUGUGAGGCUCCUAGUGCCAAGACCUAUCCAUCUUAUGCUCACAUAUCCCCUAGACUUCAAUGUGUUUAUUGCAUGAGAUAUGGUCAUAAGAAUGUUGAUUGUUAUGUUAGAAAGGUGCAAAAAGAAACCGUGUUGAAUAAAACCAAAUGGUACGUCGAUAGCGGUUCUUCUAGGCACAUGACGGGCCACAUCUCCAACUUCACCCAAUUGGAACAUAAAAAGUUGGGAAAUGUCACCUUCGGUGAUGAUGGCAAAGGUCAAGUUGUGGGGAUAGGCAAGAUAGGUAACUCUUCUUCUCCUUCUAUAGAAAAUGUGUGGCUUGUUAAUGGUCUAGAACAUAAUCUUUUAAGUGUAAGUCAAUUGUGUGAUAAGGGCUAUAAUGUCAACUUUGAUUCCAAGGCUUGCUAUGUUAUCCAACCAAUGGACAACACGGUUAUCUUCAAAGGAAAUCAAAGACAAAACACUUACAUAAUUGACUUGGAUACGCUUGAAAACCGAGAUGGCAAGUGUUUACUAUCACUUAGCGACGAAUCUUGGUUGUGGCACCGUAGACUUGGUCAUGCUAGCUUAGACCUCUUAAAUGAGGUUAGCAAGGAUGAAAUUGUUAAAGGUUUGCCUAAGCUAAAUUAUUCAAAAGACAAAGUGUGUGGACCUUGA